CCAUGCGGCACAAGGAGCGCGCCCUGCCGCCGCUGCUGCUGCUGCUGCUUGGCUUCGCGGCGCGGGCGUCUCGCCUCGGCAGCUUCUGCGAGCACCUCAUCGCCCCAGGCCCCUGUCCGCCAACCAUCAGCACGGAGCUCAACAGCGUAGACACCGCGUACCUGACCAAGUACAAGGCGCUGCACUGCUGCGCCAGGGACUACGACAGCAUCGAGUGGUAUAAGGAUGGUGAACCUCUUUCAUCGAAGCAUUCAACAUUUAGUAUUUCUGCAGUUGAUCAAAAUCAGACAAUUGAAUCAACUUAUGUUCAGGAUGCUGAUAAGGGAAACUACACAUGUGUUGUCACAAAUAGCACACAACCUGAACCAAAAACAUUCACCAUCAGUUUAGUAACCAAAUAUAUGAACUGUACCUCAAGACGCCCCAUGAUAACGCACUAUCCAACCAAUCAAUAUGCCCUGCCUGGAGAGUCUGCCCAGUUUUACUGUGAAGCCAUGGUUGGGUGUGGAGAAGUAGCAAAAACAGCUCAUGUGUACUGGGCACUAGCUGAUCAGCCACUUCACUUUGUUAAGAGUGUGAGAGAUGUAGUGAUUUCAGAUGUUCAGAGGGAUAAUUACUCUAUAAAGGGAAGUUUCCUGAUUUUCAAAAAAGUAACUGUAGAGGAUUAUGGUCACUACACAUGCCACAUUGAUAAUAACAUUCGUGAACCAUGCAACUUCAAUGUAUCUCUCAUAUAUGGAGUGGAUCCAGAUGCCAAAGUCAUACAUACAUAUAAAACUACAGUCAUCAUUGUCUGUGUAUUUAUUGGUGUCACUACACUGACUAUAAUGUUUGUCAUUCAGUGGCAUCUUGAACUGCGGCUGUUUUGGAAAGAUCGUUUUGGGAAAAGUGAAGAAAAUGAUGACAAGGAAUAUGAUGUAUUCAUCUGCUAUGAUGAACAAGAUUCUGAUUUUGCACUAGAUGUUUUAGUUGCUACACUGGAGACUUCAUAUGGUUACAAAUGCUUUGCUUUUCAGCGUGACAGUCUAGCUGGUGACUUGAUCCCUGAGACAUAUGCAAAUGCUGUCAAAAAGAGUCGCAGAUUUCUUAUGGUACUAUCACCAGCACUUGCGGCAAACAACUGGUGCAUUUAUGCCCUUUAUAUUGCAAUAGAAGCAUUACUUAAUCUCCAUUCUAAAAUAAUUUGCGUAGAACUGCAGAAUAUUUGCUGGGAUGUGACGCUCAGCAACACUAACAUAAAUGAUACCACACUGAAGCAUGUCCUCAAUGUAAUAAAGAAAAUACGCUGGAAGCCAGGAUGCACACCACUGGGUGAAUCUCCUAUUGAUGUAAGUUUGCAUGGUAUGGAAUUGUAUGGAAAAGGUUCACAAGAAUUCUGGAAAAGGCUAAGAUUACAUCUGCCACCAAGAAGAAUGCUUCAUAAUGCAGCAAAUCAUGAAAUUGUACAAACAAACUUUUCACCUCAAGCAUCAACACUCACAUUAAUAAAUCACAGUGCUUGAAAAAUGGCAAUGUAUUUAUUAGUGCCGCCAUCUAUCAAAACCUUAAGUGGAUUGUAUUAAUUCAGCUGUGUCAGUAACACGAAAGUAUACACACAUACUGCACAGAAAAACUUUUUGUUUUCAUUGUAUUUUCCAUUGUCCAUUGAAAAUUCUUCAGUGUAUGUGCCCCCUUCUUUUUACAGGACUUCAAAUUACAUGAAUGAAACAGAAAUUAUGUGAUAUUUCAGUGCAGUAGGAGGCUACAAAGCCCUUUGUCUUCAUACUCUACAACACAUGCAGCACAAUCUCAUGUAUUCAAGGAAAAUGGCUUUUCUGUCAAGUUUAUUUACAUGAAUGAAUAAAUACAUUUUAUGGAAGAA